AUGGAGAUGGAAGUGGUGAUACCUGUACACAACAUGGAUUUCGACUUUGCCAGUGCGCGUUCUUCGCCAUAUCCGAGCGCUCCUUCUACGCCAAAACCCUUCGGCCAUUACUACUUCAGUGCUCCCACAAGCCCGACUCGCCUUUCCGAGUUUUAUCGCGAUUUAGAUGAUUUGUUGAACAACAGCAGCACAAAAACCGGUGGUGAUUCUUCAACAGUGCCGGUUGAAUGGAAAGAAAAGGCAUCAUCUAGAGCAAACAACCAUGAAGAUGAUUUUGCAUUCGAUUUCAGUGCAGAAUUGGAGAGAACCUCUCUCUCAGCUGAUGAACUGUUUGAUGGUGGUGUGAUCCGACCUCUGAAGCCUCCAACUCCUGCUAGGAAUCAGAAGAGCCCAGUCAUGUCUCCUAGAUCACCAAUAUCACAAGGUAAAAGAAUUUUCAGGGGUGUUUUCUCUCCAAAACACAAGACACAACCCGAUCCAUUUGCAAUUGCUGUAGAAAAUACCCAAACGAGAACACCAGAUCAUGAAAGAGGAAGAGAGAGAAGUUCCUCUUUUUCUUCAGAAAGCUCAGGCCGAAGAGCAACAAGGUCACUUUCUCCAUUAAGGGUUUCUCAGUACCCAUGGGAGGAAGAACAUCAGCUGCAGCACAACACAAAACAAUCUUCUACGAGUUCAAAACCGUCUUCAUCUUCAAGUAUUUGUCCGGCCUUAUCAUCGUCUUCAUCUUUGAAAGGAUACAGAAAAUGGAAACUGAAGGACUUUUUCUUGUUCCGAAGUGCAUCAGAAGGAAGAGCAGCAGAUAAAGAUCCUUUAAGGAAAUACACAGCUUUGUUCCGAAAAAAUGAAGAUGUAAAGAACUCGAGCUUUAGAGCAAUUGACAGUCCUGGCUUUGGAUCCAGCUCAAGAAGAAAAGGACCAAUCUCAGCUCAUGAAUUGCAUUACAAGAUGAACCGGGCGGUUUCAGAGGAUUUGAAGAAGAAGACCUUCCUGCCUUACAAGCAGGGAAUUCUGGGGAGACUGGCCUUCAAUCCGGCCGUCCAUGCACUUGCCAAUGGCUUUGGUUUUUCACGUAAAUGA